UUUUUAUUUUUAAAUAUGGCUGCACACAUGAUUUUACAAAUCGACGUAUUUUAAAUCAUGCAGCUAUUUGAUCUAGCUGUUGAACUACUGGAGGAAGUGUUCACUCAACUAGAUGGCGUUUCACUUGCUAGAGUAGCGAGCGUGUGCAUGCUCUGGAGGAACAUAAUGUUGACUCUUCCAAAGCGUCGUGGAGUCUGGAAGACUGUGUGUCUGCGAGAAAUAAAUCUUGAUGUCCUCAUCCAGAUCACAGGAAUAUAUAAGACAUCAAUUCACUCAGCAACUACAUCAGAGGUUCUGUCCUGGGAGUUCUGGCGAGAUGUGUAUAGGACAUGGUAUUGUGGUGUACACAUUACACACUGGGAGCGACUAGAAACAGUAAUAUGUUGCAAAGAUAAUGCUGUGGGACCUCCAAACUGUGUCAGAAUUGGAGGGGAUGUUGUACUGUCAGGACAUGAGAAUGGCUUAGUGAGAACCUGGGAUGCUCUAUCAGGUCAGUCACUAGACAUACCAGAUACAACCAGUCUACAUCAGCAUCAUGGUCCCAUCUCUGAUAUGGUCCUACAUAGGAUAGAUCCACUGGAGCUUGAUUCCGAAAUGGUUAUUAACAAGGUGGAACAUGUUUAUGACAUUGUGUGCACAUCAUCCAGAGAUACAACAAUUUCAUUUGUUAAACUUCAUGAUAGCACAUGGACAUAUAAGCUGAGGCACCACUCUGAACCUGUACAUUCUGUAAGUUUGUUUGGGGACCACCUGCUUACAUGUGCAGAUGAUAGUGUUGGUAAUGGAAAUGUCCUGCUGGCCAUGGACACAUUUGUGCAAUCUUGUAACGUCACAGUUGAAGCAUAUCUACAUGGAUUUAGCAGCUCAUCGUCCAAUGUCUGCAGCAAGAUAUGGAGAAAUCAGAUCAUAUUAGCAGAUGGACAGUUUGUGAAAUGGGCAGAUUUGGAGAUCGACUCUUUAAGACAAAGAAAGACAGAAGACAAUAAUGACAAUGAUAUGGAGGCAAAUGUGGAAAAACAUAUUCCACAUAUAGAACCAGUGACUAUUAACAGUCGCAACUUCAAGUCUUGGGUGUCAGAUAUCAUAUUCCGAGGCCAGCUCAUGAUAUGUAUCACAGGAGAUGGCCUGUUACAUAUGUGUGUAGAAGAUGAGGAAAAAAGCAUCAACACAAUGGAACUUUUCAAAGCUGGGGCCACUAAGAUAUCUAUGUUUGGACACCUGUUUGCAAUUGGGCUCACAAAUGGAGUAGUUUUCCUUCUGCAUUUCAACUUGGAGCAUGACCUGAUUAGACGCAGCUUUUACUCUCAACCACACACCACUGUCAGAAACAAGGGAGAGCCAAUCAAAUCCUUGGAUAUUUUGGAUGACGGAGAGGGACCUGUCAUUGCCAUAGCAACGGAAUCUCAGAUAAAAAUUGUGAGAUGGUUCCCACCCUAGGAAUGAUUAACAUAUUUACAGUGCUGUAUACUGAGGGGUCUUAAGUGUGGCAUAUUCUCCCACUGUACUCCUCCUAUCAAGCCAGCAGAUGAAGGCUUUUACUCCUCUUUAGUUCUGGAGUUGAGCAAUCUCCCAGCAUUUUGUUCAGUGCGAUCGUGCCUCAUUUCUUAGUAAGGUACGCAACAAACAAAACUGCUUUUGGAGAUACCUGUAUGGGAGGUGAGAGGUGAAAAUAACAGUGGUAUCCCCAUUAUGUGUAUAACUUCAGCUUCACACACUUUUAUGAUGGAACUCUUCAGGGGAACAUUGAGGUAUUUAAUACAUUAAAUAACAAUUAAGUUAUAUAAACUGAAUAAAUACCUUAUCUAACACACAGACCAAUUUAAGACCUGUGAAGAAAUAUUCAUUUGUGAAAAUGGGGUCCACUUGUAAUACUGAAUUUUGAAAUAUGGAAAGGCAUUGUACCAAGAGGUGUUAAUCCAGCGCAAGUUUUACUAUAAACCGCAAUAUUUUAAGUUAUAUAAAUAUUGCAGUUAAAGCUUGGAGAUAAUGGAUUGUAAAAGUGUUAUUUGAAAAUCAACUAAUCUACUCAGAAAAGCAGGGCAAAAAUAAGUUUUCUUCCCAGAGAGAUUCGUAUGAUAGAAUGGCAUAGACCAAGACAGAUCCAUGUUUUUAGUAAUGAUAUUGUUGGUACAUAUACAUUGAAAAGUAAGUGAAAAACCAACAUAUCUGGUAAUACAUACUCUAUUCUGAUGGAUGGACACGCCAUAAACAUUUACAUGUGGGAGGCCAUCUCGACCGUUAUAUCAUUAAAACUUUGAUACUGGUAGAUUUAAAUUACAUAUAAAGGAACAUGUAAUUUAUGUUUCACCAUUCACAUAAAUGAUGUACAUGGCAAUAAAUCAUAAUUCACAAAAUAACAUCCAAAUAGAGAGGAAUCGUGUAGGCUCAGAUCAUCCUUGGUCCAAGGGCAUUUCAAUUCUUUCCAUAGCUGAUGAAGCCCAAUUUUGAAGGAUGGUUCAGAUUGUAUGGAGAUAAUGUAUGGAGACAGUCUAAUGGAUGGCAAUCCAUUUGAUGUGUUUGUUAUCAUUUGAUUAAUAUGUUAUGAAACAUCAUUUAGGUGAAUGAUCAUAUUUUUGAGCUGUGCAAUAAAAUUUUAUCAAAAUGGGACAGAAUGUGCAGGAUUUAAUUUAAUGAUUUAAAAUUG